AUGUCUUCUAUUCUCCAAAGAAUCGACACCCUCUCCUCAACGUUCCAAUCCAGCCUCCCGGAGAACUUACAACCGUACUUCACCCGCGCCAACCUCCAAUCAUUUUUACGGUUCAUCGUCAUCGUCCUGACGUAUCUGUUAUUUCGACCGCAUUUGGAAAGUUUGAUUGCGAAAGUUUCGGGUCGUCCGGAUCCGAAGCGGGCGGAGGUUGAGGCGAGAUUGGAGUUUUUGAAACAGCAAAAGGAGGGACAAUCAGAGUUGACGAAGUCGGAAAUCAUGAUGCCGCAGGCGGAUGGGACGAUGAAGAAAGUGGGUGUUGUUGCGAGGAAUGGGAAGAUUGUUGGGUUGGUGCAAGACGAGAAUGACAAGGGGACGAAUGGGGAGGGAAAGAAGAGUGGGCAACAAAAGGGAAAGAAGAGUAAAAAGGCAAAAGGGAAGGGGAAUUGA